AAGAAUUAUGAAUGCAUAUUUUUAUAUUGGUAUAUUACGAAGACACAAACAAGAAUGCAUGACGUUUCCAGAAUUUCGUCAAACAUUUAUUGGUGAAAAUUUUCCUGAAAUUAUGGACUGGUCAGACUUAAAUCCAAUUGAAAAUUUUUGGGCAAUUGUAAAAAGAAUGUAG